CUGUGUCCCUGGGACACAGUGGAUCACCAAUCAGCGGAAAGAGCCAAUGACUUCAGCUCUGUCAUGUGAUCAGCUGUGUCCAAUCACAGCUGAUCACAUAGGAGAGCCGGUAAUCGGCAUUCCUCAGAGGGGACAUCUACACUGAUCAUCAGGGCACUGAUGAUCAGUGUGCCCUGAUGAUCAGUGUAGCCCCAUCAGUGCCACCUGUCAGUGUCCAUCAAUGCCACCUGUCAGUGCACAUCAGUGCACAUCAAUGCCUCAUAUCAGUGCUUACCAGUGCACAUCAAUGCCACAUAUCAGUGCCCAUCUGAGCUGCCUUUCAGUGCCACCUAUCAGUGCCAGUCAAUGCCACCUAUCAGCGCCACCUAUCAGUGCUGCCAAUCAGUGCCAGUCAGUGCCGCCUAUCAGUGCCAUAUAUGAG